GGCCGCCCGCGGCCAAAGCCAAGUGUUGGCGACUCCAGUCAUGCGCUUGCGUACUAGGCGCUAGUCGCUAUGCGGGUGCUUGUGGGUGGAGGGACGGGCUUCGUCGGGACAGCCUUAACGCGGCUGCUGAAAGCCAGGGGCCACGAAGUCACUUUGGUCUCCCGCAAGCGAGGGCCAGGUCGGGUCACGUGGGAUGAGCUGGCUACGUCCGGGCUGCCCGCCUGCGAUGCCGCGGUCAACCUGGCAGGAGAGAACAUUCUCAACCCUCUCCGAAGGUGGAAUGAAGCCUUCCAAAAAGAGGUUCUUAGCAGCCGCCUGGAGACCACGCAAAUACUGGCGAGAGCCAUCUCUGAAGCCCCACGACCUCCCCAGGCCUGGGUGUUAGUCACAGGUGUUGCAUACUACCAGCCCAGCCUGAACGCGGAGUAUGACGAGGACAGCCCUGGAGGGGAUUUUGACUUUUUCUCCAGACUUGUAACCAAAUGGGAAGCUGCAGCCAGGCUUCCAGGAGAUCGCACACGCCAGGUGGUGGUGCGCUCUGGGGUUGUGCUGGGCCGAGGGGGCGGUGCCAUUGGUCACAUGCUAUUGCCCUUCCGCCUAGGCCUGGGGGGCCCCAUUGGCUCAGGCUGCCAGUUCUUCCCCUGGAUUCACAUUGGGGACCUAGCAGGAAUCUUGGCCCACGCUGUUGAAGCAAACCAUGUGCAGGGAGUUCUGAAUGGAGUGGCUCCAGCCUCCAGCACUACAAAUGCUGAGUUUGCCCAGGCCUUGGGUGCUGCCCUGGGCCGCCCAGCCUUCAUCCCUCUCCCCAGCACUGUGGUGCAAGCUAUCUUUGGGAGAGAGCGUGCCAUCAUGCUGCUGGAGGGCCAGAAGGUCAUCCCACGGCGGACACUGGCCACCGGCUACCAGUAUUCCUUCCCAGAGCUAGGGGCUGCCUUGAAGGAAAUUGUAGCCUAAGUGGGGAAGGGGGGCGCUCAGGGCAGAAUGUAAGGCCUCAAGAGAAGCUUCCUGGUUAGCCUGUGAAGAGGUUCAGGUACUGCUGUGCUGGAGACCCGAACGCAUCUGGCAUCUAGGGAUUCCUCUCCCUGUCCUCUGCUCCACCUUACUUAACUGAGGAUAUUCACUGUCUCAAGGCCACAGCCUCAUCACGUUGAGACCUUAACCACUUCACCUCCUUGUGAAAGAAUUUCCAUGUUUGGUUUUCCUGUGUGUCCCAUUCCUGCCUCGAUUUUCCUUUAUGUUGUAUAGAGAAUGGUCUGCUAUUGAACUAAUAAAGACAAAUGAUCUCACUA